AUGUUGACAGGUGACAUCUUGUUGCAAGAAAUUGAGAGUCUGGGAAGGGUCGAGAGGUACGAACGGGUGGUGGAGGUCGGCCGCGCCGCGCGUGCUGGUGGUGAUGUGUGCAAGGAGCGCCUCGCAUUGAUUGAGCUUUCGCGUUCAUGUGUGCCAUACGAACGACUGACUGCUGCGUUGGGGUUAUGGCAGAGUGGGUGUAGUUCGGAAACACUAAGGCUUCUGAAAGACCCUUGUGGCCGUGUUUCGCGGUUGGCUAUGCUCCCAGCGGCGGAGGCGUUGCCGGAUGCGGAUUUGUUGAAAGUGUUUGGUGAACUGCCGGUGCAACGCCUCGCGAUGUUCUGCGGUUACCUCGAGCGGAAGGGGAGAGUAACAGGUUUGGUUGACAGGUACGUGGCAGCCGUGACCCCUGUGCUGCAAAAGGGUCCUGGACUAACGCUGCUUUGUUGGGCGUCUGUCAGCAUGUUGGCUGCACAACCCACCAGCACCUUCUACCUUCUGAGGAAGAGUGAGUGGGGCACACUUGUGCGACGGAAUCCAAACUUCGCUGCGACACUAGUGAAGGCGAAUAUAAACAGUGGCACCGAAGCAAAUCCCUCUGCUAUCACGCAAGCUCAUACUGUACUGGCGCAGCUUCGCCGAUUUCACCCGUCGGUUGGAUCGCAGUUACUGGGUUGUGUGCUACCGCGAGUACGAGUGAGCAAUGAAUGUAUAGAAGCAUAUGCUAAAAUGUACCCUGUUGAGGUGACACAAAUGCUUUUGAAGCAUAAGUUGGAGGAAACUUUGGACGUAAGCCACUUUUUUAAAAAGUUGGAUCCAGAUACACUUCUUACCCUUUUCAGUGCCGGUGUGUUCCGUGGGAAGGAUUUCAAAGAGUGUUUUGCUUAUGCCCCACAUAACUUGCGAAUGAUUUUGUAUAAGCGGUAUCGAAAGGAACUACUUGAUCCUGAUGGGUCGAUGGAUAUUUCCAUGAUUGAGUUGAUCCCUAACCGUGAGGAGCGUGAGCGCGAGGCUCUACGUGCGCUGAAUGAAUCUGAGAGUCUGCGAUUGGAUCCAAAGAGAUGGGUAUCGUUCCUCUCUCCGUUACCUCUCUCACAGGCGGUGGAGGUAGGGAAGCAGUAUUUGAAGGAAAAGGAUGUCCAUGUACGGGCUGAACUUAUUGCCGCAAUUGCGUAUGGUGGUCAGUACCACCGAGAAUGCUUAGAUGAUAUUCUCGACUUCUGCAUUGCUCGUGGGAAUGAUAAUGAUGUUGUGCGGAGGAAGUUCCUGAUGAGGCUAUCGAUGAUUUCCCGCAGCAAGUGGGAGGAGCGGCACAUACCCAAACUCGCUGAAAUUGUUAAAGCGGCAUUGGACGCAAGAGAUUCCUCCUCCUCUUCUUUGGACACGUGCAUGUCACUGGUGUUGGGCACGGCUCAUCUUUCCACGAAGGUGAUUGAAAGCUCUUUUCUCCCACUUGUGCGAAGGGUGGGACCUCCUUUUAACCUGGGGAAAUACCAUUUGCCGAAGUCUGCUCUGUUGUGCAUUUGGUCAUGCCUUGAGCCCGUGAUGAAAAAGGAAGCACAAUCGGAUCAGCAUAUGAAGGAAAGAAUCAUGUGGAUGUUCUCCUCCCGCUUGCGGGACAUUGGUGACGUUGUUAUUCCGUACCUUAAGGGGCUUUGUGAGAGUGAGGACGAUCUAGUCUUCUGUGGAAUCAGCACCCUGCUGAAACACUUCCCCACCAUCGGGUCACAGAUGUUGCCAAACCUUGUGGUUAAAAGGCCUGAUGUGAUAAGCGUACCAGAGGUAUGCUUUAAAGUAAGCAACAGCAUACAAGGUGAGCUUUUGGAGAGGUGUCUUAUGCGGGAGGCACUUGAGGAUAUUGUGUGCAGAGGAAGGUUUCCACAUUCGGCACUCAGUGGCCGCUACUGGACUGCCGCGAAGCAGCAGAUGUAUGCUAAUUCCACAGUUGAAAUUUUGCUGGAAAAGGAAGAGGAAUGGUUUGAGGCUCAGUGCUUGCUGAAACCCCUCGAAUCCUUGUACAGUGUUGAUGUGGCGAAGAUCGCCUCUGUUCUGUUGGGCGAGGACAGCAAACCACCGCUGCUACGGGACCGACUUAUUGAACUCCUUGGAAGAGCGGAGAAUCCGGAGUCCCUACAGUUCCUGCUCAGCGCUCUUAAUGACAACAGGUCACGCGUGGCCAUCCAUGCCAUCAGUAAACGCGCUGGCGCUCUUUCCACUGCUCAGGUUCUGCAAAUAGUGGAUAAGGCUAUGCACUCCAAAUUGGUAGCCGUUCAGAAGGUGGCAGUUCGUCUCGGUGCCUUGAAUGGUGACGAGGCGAGUUAUAACUUUCUCAUGCAACUGCGGAAGGGUGGAAGAAUGAAUGCGGAUGUGGAGGCUGUGUGGGUGCAAGCGAUGUUUAACUUUCUGGGUAAGGAGGAUGUGUGGGUGUUUUUCCACAAUGCCGCGCAGGAUGAGCGUAGGGCAGUGGCUCUCGCCGUGGUGGAUAUUCCUAGCGGCACGCUUGAGGCGUGUUGGCAGUUGACUGCGCUGUGUAAGUUAUUCGUUUUGCUGCUGAACCACGAUGACGCCUAUGUGACUGUUCAAGCGCUGAAGAAGCUAUCGAAAAGUAAGCUACCGAGCUACGACGAGGAACUGAUUAGUUGCCUUUUCCACCUCCUUGACACACGAAGACAAUCGGAUUAUUUUCCCGACAUUCUGCUUGCGCUCGCAAAUUCAUCUGCGGAUGCUCGUGAGUUAGCCCAACGCCUAGUGGAUGUUGACCUCGACUCAGUACUAAGUGUCAAUGCCCACACUCAUUGUGGUUCUAUGGCUUCCCAUGGAGAGCGGUUCAGAAAUAUUGUUUCGUCAAUGGUGGAGCUGUUGGUGGAAGAGGGCCGGCAGCCGGCAAUCGUAUGCCAUCUCAUCUGUUGGCUGCAUCCGACUGUGGCUGGUGAGUAUUUGAUGAAACUUUGUGAGAAGGGUCAUCUCCAUCCGGGAUGUGUGUACGCCAUCGUGGAAGCCGCAGGGAAUUUCGGUUCCGAAACUGAUGGGGUGAGUGCCCUUGAGGAGCAGCUGCGUGGUCACAGUAAUCCCAUCAUGCAACGCAUUGGACUGGAGCUGCUUCGUCGUAUGGCAUCUUCGGCAGGAUGGGACGGGACGCUCUGCGAAGCGUUAGAGGUGUACCGAUCUGCAAGUGAUCCGUGGGUGAGAGAUACGGCCAAAGUCAUAUCCGCUGAAGAUUUGAACGAGUCGUGUUCAUCCUACUGA